AUGAGAGCCACACUCCACUUGUCCAAGCCGCCCGGUCUCGGCCUGACUCUCCUCGUCCUGCUGUCGUACCACUCUGUGGUAUUUUUCUGCCAGACUGGAACUCACAGCCAGUGUGUGUCUGCUCCCUUUGUGCCUGGUCACAACCUUGCUGGAGAAGGUUUUGAUAUUGUCACCCUGGAGCGCAAAGGAGCCUAUGUGAUUGAUGUGGUGACUUAUCUUGACCGUGACACAUGUACUCUUUGCGAAAACCCUCUUCAAAAUGACCAACUGCAAAAGCUCCCCCUGUCUGUACUGGACUGGCGUGUGUUAACCAGCUGCAGUUAUCACCUCGAAAACAGUGUUCAUGAUUCUAUAAGCUCACUGCUGUCAAGCUACUCCAAGCACGACAGCUCUGACUGGCAGGCACACAGCUGCUUUACACUGGGUAUCGGUGUUGGCCUCGGGAAGAUCACAUCAACAUUUGAAUUGGACAAGUGCAAAACAUACCUACAGAACCAGGCUACCAAUGUCUCGUACAGCAGUGGUCUCCACCAACACUACACAGAAGUGGCUGGAGGCACCGACUGGGUGGGGGAGUUCUCACUCACCCACAGUGACUCAGUGGGUUAUGAGAUAUGGCUGAAAACCCUCAAGGAUCAUCCUGAUGUUGUUCUGCACAAUCUCAGUCCAAUUUACAAGCUGGUGUCAAACGAUGAUCGCACAAAGCGGAUCGGACUGAAGGCUGCCACUGAGGACUACUUACAAAAACACGGAAUAGAGAUUUCAUCAAACCAGCAGCAGUGUGGGAACAGAAUCCAAAACCUGGCUCCCAACUGUUGUCCUAAAGAGGCCUCUGUGGGGGAACUCAGUGUGACCAUCAUCAACGGCUGGGAUCUGACAGGAGACACUUGGGGCGUGACUGAGGGGUUUGUCAAGGUGUUUUUUUGAGGGAAUCGAACGCAGAACCAAUAUGAUCAAGUCAAACUCCCCUAACUGGAAUGAAAUUUUGUAUUUGGGAAAGUGAUUGCGAGGAGGUACCUUAUAGAUGUGUGGACUCUGUUGUCGAGGUGAUAACUGCAGCGGCUGGAUGCACGCCAGUCCUGGACAGAAAGGGGGAGCUGAAAAGGGUGAUGAUGUCAAAACCUUCUCCGGCGAGGUUGUGGCCAGGCACAAAAGGAGCAGACAAACACUCGCUGUGAAUUCCGAUCUGGCAAGAAAAUACCACGGAGUGGUACGACAGCAGGACGAGGAGAGUCAGGCUGAGAGCGGGCGGGUUGGACAAGUGGAGCGUGGCUGAAGUCAAAGAAAAUCACAGGGAGCAUUAAUAUACAUGAAUGAAUGAAGAUGUUGAGAUCUUCAAACAGUCACAGAAGCUGGACCCGUACUACAGUAACUACAUAAAGCAGUUGUGCAUAGAGAAAAAGCUGCAGGAUUGUGUCAAUGAAGCAGACAGCCUCGAAGCAGCCAGAUCAACGCAUGCCAGGUUCUGAGUGUGAAAAUAUUCCCUCUGAAAUAUCAGGAUUUGAAUAUAAACACUGAUUUCAUGUAGAUCAGUGUGUGUGCAAGUGUCUACAAGCCAUCCUGGACCACUGGCAGCAGCUAGAUGUUCUCUAAUCAACAUCAAAAAUGAUUUUUGGCAAGUGUCAUUAACAUUAUCAUUGAUAAUGAAUUAUCCAAAGUCUACAGUUUAUCAACGUUCAGAAUUUUUGAUGUGCUGAUGUUAAUUUUUGAUGUGUUUGAACCUGAGGACAAUGGACUCAUUUCAACGUGUUAAUGAAUUUCUAACCCACCAUCAAUGUUGAUUAAAUAUGAUGCAUUGCA